AGGACCCUCGGAAUUGUGGGAGACUAUUCCGUACAAACGUCGGCUGCUCUGGGGGUUUCGGUGCGCCAGGCUCGUGUUGGUCGUUCAUACAAAAUAUUGGAGUGUAAGAGUAUAGAGCCAAGCAAGACGUGCUGUGUUCCACGCGAUUAUUUUUCUCAGUUCCAGGAAGGAAAAAAAAGCACCGAGAAUCCGUCGCAUAUCCGCUUCCUUCGAAUUGUCUGGGGAUCCGAGUGUGACGCGCGCGCCAUAAUUGCGUUUAUUUUCGACGAGAACUGGAAUAACAGUCUUGAGUCUCAUACUACAAUAUAUACAAAUGAAUUUUGCGUAUUUAAUUAUCGUAAAGUACGCGUGAGUGUAAAUAAGGUAUCUCAUUAGAAGAGGGAGACUAUCGUCGAGGUGCUUAUUCAGUGUAGUGCAAAAGAAGCAAUCGAAAUUUACCCAAAUUGUUGGAUACAGAAAAAAAGAUGUGCGAUUAAAUGUGGAUGGUUCAUGCAAUGGUGAAAAUUUCUUGACAAAUGGAGAAGUUUUUACUGAUGAAAAUUUUUGAAAGCUGGAAAAAGAAAUCAACAUGUAUUGGUUGAUAUGAAGAUUAUACGGUGCGUGUGUGCGUGUAUGUGAGAUCAGGGAUUACGAAGGAAGAAAUGAAGCAAAGAAAUAUAUGUGGAUAAUUUUUUUUUCUCCGAACAUCACUAUAAUCCAGAGUGAAGAGUUACAAAGAAAGUCUUCCUAGUUUGUAUUUUAGUGGAAAGGGAAAGGUGUAGAAGUCAAAAUGUCAUUGCAAUUGGCAACGGUGAAGCAGGAGCGGCACGAUGAGGCCGAAAUCAACGAAUUGGCCGCAAAGAUGAUGGAAGUGCACAAGCAGCAGACGGCUAAGGCUGCCCUACAACAGCAGCAAGUGGCCAGGCCGGGAGCUGCUCAGGUUCCUGGCAUUAAUGGCAAUGGAGCGGCCGGUCAAACAAAUAUUUUGAAUUAUCUGACACGUAAACCCGGCCAAGCCGUUCCACAGUCAAUUGGUGCUACAACAAUUGCCCCGGUCGGAAGUGGCGUCGGCGCUGGAAGUACACAAACUAAUGGAAAUGCUGGGAAGACGGACGAUGCGAAUGGGGAGAAAAAAGCUUGCGAUGAAGAAAGUCAAAAAGGACAUUUCGGCUGGGAAACAUUUCCCGGCAAAAUUCACAUUCCUUAUAUAUUCCGCCAAUCGGAACGAUAUUGCGCUGUGCGUAUGGUGGAGAUGAAGUUGCUCAAUAAAUACCUUAACUAUCUGCAUCAGGACAUCUACAGUUGUACGUGUGUUCGGUCCUACUAUAUUACCGAAGCGGAGAGCAAACUGUUCAACGAAAUCAAUACCAAACAUUGCGAUUUCCAAUUUGGGAGGGAAAUGUUUACCUUGAAAGAUCUGGUGGUGCGGCUUUCGGAUGCUUACAAAUUCUACCAGUUCCUGGACGUUUGUUACAAAAAGCUACUGAUGGGAUGUAGCACUCCCAACGAUAAGUGCGGUUUCAUCCGCAUCAACAAAGAAUCUGUAGUUCCUUACACCGUCAGGGACAACCAAAAAAUGGUGCCGCUGUUUUAUUUUGAGGGUGAGACUGAUAAUCUUAAGUUGAAGGCUGAUUACUUGUCGGGAUGGGAUUUGUCCUAUCUUAAGUUUUGCUGUAAAGUGCAAGGUAUUCGGAACGAGCUGUUUGCCAGUGACUCCGUAGCGGUAAUAAGUUUAACAGACAUCAAAGGCUAUUUUCCACCGGGGACGGAAUUUGAGGAUUACUGGCCCAGCAAGGUAGUCGAUUCACAGUUGCUGUCUGGUCCAAAAUCGAACAACACGGUCCAUUGGACGCGACAGCCGGCUCAGCCUCCACCCAAGCAACCCGCCAACAUGAUAAACACAAUGGUUAAGCAACAGCCCCAGGUGCGGAAACCCGCCAAUAACAUGUACCAAGCGCUUCAGCAGCAGCAGCAAAAUUUACAGAAAAAUAAUGCCCAAAUGCCCAAUAUCUCGGCAGCAGUACAGGCUCUCACGAACAACUGGAACCUAUCGAAUCAUGCCAAUUUGUUGUCGGCUGCACAACAGGAACAGUUACUAAGGCUAACGCAGGCUCAACAGGCGGCCCAAGCGCAGGCACAAAUCCGAAGCAUGCAAAACAUGCACCCAAUGCAAUACAACUCUUACAUGAACCCGUCGAUGUCGAUGUCGUCGCGGUCAUCUCAGAAUCAGGCAGUUCCUCCACCGCUCGUUCGUUCCAACCAGUCGCAGGCCGCCCAUAUGUCAAACAUGGCAGGAGCGGCGGCCGCAGCAGCACUUUCUCAACAGCAGCAGCAGCAGCAGCAACAGCAACAGCAGAAACGUUCGAACGCCGCUGCCGCUAUGACCAACGGUCGUUCGAAUACCACAAUCACAUCCACUAGCAAUUAUCGCUCGACGACAGCUGCCGCGGCGGCUGCCCUUCAGCAACAGCUGCAGCAGCAACAAGCCGCUGUGGUGGCCGCCCAACAGCAGGCCGCAGCCAUGGGUGACGGAGGAACCCGGCAUGGUAACGUGAUCAUGCUGCCGGAAAUGACCAUGGGCGGCACACCGUACAAACCGUACGAAGUUGUUAAAAAACCUAUCGAGAACAAAACCAUUUACUGCAUCAACAAGACACCGUACAGGAACACCGACUAUCUGAUGACGAUACAGGACUUGAAGGAUGUCUUCUUUCCGUACAUUAGUCUAGAAGUGUGUCGGAGGGUGCUGAACGCGUUGGACAUCAAUGUGUUUAUUGGCAAUAGCCUCCAAUAUCAAGCGUUGCUAGAAGCCGGCCGCGCCAACGUAGACAAAAUGCCCCUGGUGCAGGUAGUGGACGUAAUGCAGUUUAUGCCCCAGCUGCAGUACAUGAUGCGAGGGCAGGUUGGCCAGGAAGCACCGGCGAACAAGCGCGCACGCAUCAGCUAGGAAUUGGGGUGGGGGGUACAGCAACAGUGCCCUCAGAGCACAAUUGUUUCAGACCUGAUAACGAGCAGUAACAACAACAUCACCAGCAGCAACAUCCAUUCGGGCGGAAGCAGCGUAAGUGCAUCUUGGAGCCUGACACCAACGUCACCUUCUUCCGUUGGUAAAAAAUCAUCGUCAUCCACUCCUGGCGCCAUCAGUAGUUCAAUUGCGACAACCGCUAUCGUCAGUAGUAGCAGUAGUAGUGGAUUUUCUUCCCCUACCAAUCCUUUGAAUUCCGAUAAAAAGACCCUUUCGUCUUGUCGCUAUCAGCAGGAAAAGAUGGAUUAUUAUCAAGACGCUUCUAGUCGAAUGCUGGCUCAGGCCUCAUCUUCGGCCUACUCAUUUCAAGAAUCUGCGCUUGCUGCAGCCGCAGCUGCCGCCGCAGCUCAACAGCAACAACAACAGCAGGUGCAGCAGGCAGCUGUGGUCGCGCAACAAGCAGCGGCGGCCGCUGCAGCUGCUCAACAGUUGACAGCGGCUAGCAAUGCGGCGAUUUUCUCAUCACACUUUGCUCCAGGCUCGUAUGCAACCGGUCCGAUGCAGGUCGGAUCGUACGAUAGUUCCGCUGCUACUGCUGCUCGAUCAUGUGCUCUGCCGUCACCAACCAUCUACCCGCCAACCCCCCCACCCUCGGCGCCCUGGAUACAUCCCUGGUACAGUGGCGAUACCUUUUAGUCAGUAGUCACUAGCAGUAUUGAAAACAUCGUUUUUAAUCUUUACCAAAUUCCCCUCAGAAACUGUUGAAAUAAACUCAGAGUUCCAAGAAUAAUAAUUAUACUUCAUGAUGUCAAAUGUCAAAAAAGUGAGAAAUCUUGAAAACGAUUCUCAUGAAAAUUUGUAUUAUUCGAUAAUUUCCGCACAAACUCCGUAGAAAAAACAAAUCAAUCAAAGACUUGAAAAGAUCAUAACUGUAUUAACCCCAUGGUAACAUGCUUAGCGUUAUCCGGAACCGUACGAAACAUAAAAUUCAUACAAUUAGAGCGCUUUCGAAUAUCAUUUCCAAACUAUUUGACAUCAUCCCCCAUAAUAUGUAAUCGUAGAAAUGUCGGACGAAUUUCCCCUUGCUGAAUGUAAAUGUCUCCUUAUUCGUCUUCAUCUUCUACCGUUUUUAGCAAGAACUUAUUCACACACACACACUCACUCACACAUCAUUAAUUGAGAUAUGGAAAACUAAAGUUACUACUAUUUGUAUUUUAAACGUAUAAUUCUAAACAGAAAAAACUACUCAAUCGUAUAAGCAUAAAUGGUAAGCAUAGGGAAAAUAAGGACAGCGAAUCCUUAGAAAAUAAUUCUCGCAGGAAGCGGAAGAGGAAUAUCUGAAUAUAGGAGCGCAAAUUCGGCGGAACUGAAUAGACUUGAGAAUAAAAAUCUCUUUGGUUAUAAAGAAGAAAGCUUAAUAUGUUUAGGCGAAAUCAAUUGGUAGAGAAAACAAAACGAAGACAGUUUGAAAGCAAUUUUUAGCCUUUUCGUUGUAACUGGAGAGUGAACAAAAUUCAAUUCAAUGCUAGCGAUUUCCUAACACGGGAACCUAAUUUGUAGUCACAAAUAUUCCAUUCGGGAGAAUAUGUUCUUAAGUAAAUAAAACUAUGAAUUAUGUUAACACUGAUGAACUAUUUGAAAAGCCGAGCGUAAAGAACCAACAAACAAUUAUAAAACAUCGCACAGAUGGACAGUCCCAGAUAGGUUGUAAGAGUGAUAGACAAGGAGUUAAUUUACGUUGUUAUAUUGAAAGAAAAAAUAGCAUUCUAACAGUGUUUUAGUUUUUUUGAGCAGAGAUGAGAAAUAAAUUAUAUGUUUUAUUUAUUUUUACCAUUAAUGAUGCGACGCAAGUGUAUACCCGUUGAAAAAAGCAAACUUGUUUAUAUUAAAUAUGUCAGACUAUCAACCAAACGGAAAAAUAAAGAAUGAUACGCUAUCA